ACGGCUGACGAUGGCUCUAUUGCUGAGACACAACAGAAGGAAAAGAAAGAGAAAAAAGACAUCUGCCUUGCUGCAUUUGCACUGCAGAACUGAGCGUGAACCAAGUCAGUAAGACACAUGGUCUGAACACUUCCAGGAAUAAUUGAGGACUUUUUCAUGGAACUUCGCUCUCCAGGCAGCGAGCGGCCACGCAGACAGAGGAGCCUACAAAUGCUCCCACAUCUGUUCUCCCGCCGUUGGUGCUGGCAAAGCAGGCGGGACGAGAGGACAGGCAGCCUGCCCAGUGUCACGCCGUGCCACAGGAGCUUCCCCAUCGCCGAGAGGAAAGGCGAGCAGCCUCCAAAAGCCCCGGGGCAGCCGCCCCCUCCUUUCCCUGGGCCCCCGCCCGCCGGGCAAUGGGAACCGGCUGAGCCCCGGGCUCGCCCCGAGCCGAGUUGCAGCCAAGGGGCUGCGGAGGCGGCCGGACCGCCCCGGCUCUCGGGGGGACGGGGACUGGAGCGGAGUCCGUGGGACAGGGACGGCCCGCGCGGGGCGGGGACCCCGCAGCCCCCCGGCUUGUGAGCCCCGGAGGCACCUACCGGGAGGACUCCCCGCUGAAGCUGCCCCCGUCCAGCAGCCGCACCUUGCAGAAGAGGAUGCCGUUGACGAAGGGCACGGAGGAAAGCUCGUCCAGCUCCAGCUCCACGCGGAACUUGAACUUCUUCUUUUUCAUCAUGAUGAAGGCCAUGGGCCAGAGGCCGCCCGCGGGCCGCCCCCACGGCAGCUCCGCUCCGCGC